AACAAAUGUUUCAGUAAUUCCACUCCAUCUGAAACUUCCCUCCCCUUCGGCACACUCCCAAAUUACAGCAAAGGAAUGAUUCUUUGCCUUGCAGAGCGUUGGUAUUUUCCCCCAGCUAAGUGUAUCGGAAAGAUUCCUCCAGUGCAUCAUGGAGAUCUGCAGUCAAUCCAGCAGUCAACAGGUUCUGUGGAAAGAUGUUGAAGUGGCCAAAGAGAAGAAGGCUAAGUACCACACCUACCAGCGAGUUGCCCUUGGUCUGGCUCUGGUCUUCCUUGUUUUGGCUCUCUCUGUGUUCAGUCUGAGGUAUCUCUGGAGCCCCAGUCUGGGAAAGGUUUACGACCAUCAGUAUAAAGCUGUGUUGGACGGCAUAGAGACAGAAAGCAUGCUGGAGAUUGACCCAGGUCAGCGCAUUGAGAUUUUCAAAAUGGGAAAUGGAAGUGAGGAGGUACUUGAGGUCCACGACUUCAAACACGGAAUCACUGGGAUCCGCUUUGCUGAACAUCAGAGGUGCUACAUCAGGACCCAAACCAGGAAACUACCCACAGUGGCAGAGGUGGAGGCCGAGGACACGGAGUUACUGGUACGCCUCCUCCCUCAGCCGCCUGUGUACCUCAGAAUCUCUGUUCCUACAAGAGCUAUGGGGGAAGGUUUCCGAGUGCCAAGCACCGUCAAACUGUACAAGAAGAAAUCUGUGCAGUGGGAGGAAAAAAGUGACCCUGUGAUGCCAAGAAUGGUUGUCCGAGAGGAGUCCAAGCCUCUCCACCAAGGUAACCCCAAGAACACAACACCCACAUUAAGCAUGGCAGUGGGAAUGUGA